CGGGCGUCCGGAGGCGUCAGCGCCGUCGCUGGCCCGCGGCGGCUCCAGGUUUCCGACCGGGCCGCGGCGAAAAAGCGGCGGCACCAUGUUCUCCCUCAAACCGCCCAGACCUACCUUCAGGUCCUACCUCCUGCCGCCGCCCCAGACUGACGACAAGGUUAAUUCGGAACCGAAGAUUAAAAAACUGGAGCCAGUCCUUUUGCCAGGAGAAAUCGUUGUAAAUGAAGUCAAUUUUGUGAGAAAAUGCAUUGCAACAGACACAAGUCAGUAUGAUUUGUGGGGAAAGCUGAUAUGCAGUAACUUCAAAAUAUCAUUUAUUACGGAUGACCCAAUGCCAUUACAGAAAUUCCAUUACAGAAACCUCCUUCUUGGUGAACAUGAUGUUCCUUUAACAUGUAUUGAGCAAAUUGUUACAGUAAAUGAUCAUAAAAGGAAGCAGAAAGUCCUAGGUCCCAAUCAGAAGUUGAAAUUUAAUCCAACAGAAUUAAUUAUUUACUGUAAAGAUUUCAGAAUUGUCAGAUUUCGCUUUGAUGAAUCAGGUCCUGAAAGUGCCAAAAAGGUAUGCCUUGCAAUAGCUCAUUAUUCCCAGCCAACAGACCUCCAGCUACUCUUUGCAUUUGAAUAUGUUGGGAAAAAAUACCACAAUUCAGCUGACAAAAUUAAUGGAAUCCCCUUGGGAGGUGGAGAAGGAGGAGGCAGCAGCCCCAAAACUCCACUCUUUGAAACUUACUCCGACUGGGACAGAGAGAUCAAGAGGACCUGUGCUUCGGGGUGGAGAGUUUGUUCUAUUAAUGAGGGUUACAUGAUAUCCACUUGCCUUCCAGAAUACUUUGUUGUGCCAAGUUCUUUAGCAGACCAAGACCUAAAGAUAUUUUCCCAUUCUUUUGUCGGAAGAAGGAUGCCACUCUGGUGCUGGAGCCACCCCAAUGGCAGUGCGCUCAUGCGCAUGGCACUCAUCAAGGACAUGCUGCAGCAGAGGAAAAUCGACCAGAGGAUUUGUAAUGCAGUAACUAAAAGUCAUCCACAGAGAAGUGACGUUCACAAAUUAGACUUGGAUAAGACCUUGCCCAAUAUCCAAGAAAUACAGGCGGCUUUUAUAAAACUUAAGCAACUAUGUGUUAAUGAGCCUUUUGAAGAAACUGAGGAGAAAUGGUUAUCUUCACUAGAAAAUACUCGAUGGUUAGAAUAUGUAAGGACAUUUCUUAAGCAUUCAGCAGAGCUUGUGUACAUCCUGGAAAGCAGGCGCCUCUCUGUAAUCCUGCAAGAGGAGGAGGGAAGAGAUUUGAGCUGUAUUAUAGCAUCUCUUGUGCAAGUGAUGCUGGACCCCUAUUUUAGGACAAUUACUGGAUUCCAGAGUCUGAUACAGAAGGAGUGGGUCAUGGCGGGAUAUCAGUUCCUAGACAGAUGCAACCACUUAAAGAGAUCGGAGAAAGAGUCUCCCUUGUUUUUACUAUUCUUGGACACCACGUGGCAGCUGUUAGAACAACAUCCAGCAGCUUUUGAGUUCUCCGAGACCUACCUCGCUGUGCUCUAUGACAGUACCCACAUCUCGCUCUUCGGUACCUUCCUUUUCAACUCUCCUCACCAGCGGGUGAAGCAAAGCACAGAAUUUGCUAUAAGCAAAAACAUCCAGUUGGGUGAUGAAAAGGGCUUAAAAUUCCCCUCGGUUUGGGACUGGUCUCUUCAGUUCACAGCAAAGGAUCGCACCCUCUUCCAUAACCCCCUGUACAUUGGAAAGAGUACGCCUUGUGUGCAGAAUGGUUCUGUGAAAUCUUUUAAACGGACAAAGAAAAGCCACAGCUCCACAUUGCGAGGUAUGCCAGCUGCCUUCAAGAAUGGAAUCGUCGGUGACCAGGAGUUACUUCCACGGAGAAAUUCAUUAAUACUAAAGGUGAAGCCGGAGCGGCCUCAGCAAGCUGGCAGCCAGAGCAGAGGUGUGGAGGAAUAUUUUCAAGAAUGGUUUUCCAAGCCAGUUGACCUGCACGGCGUCCUGCUACCACGUCUCUCUGGAACGCACAUAAAACUGUGGAAACUGUGCUACUUCCGCUGGGUGCCCGAGGCGCAGAUCAACCUCGGGGGCUUCAUCACUGCCUUCCACAAGCUCUCCCUGCUGGCUGACGAGGUGGACACGCUCAGCAGGACGCUGCGGCAAUCCGGGGUGGGCCCCGUGGAAGCCUGCUCCUCGGAGCUGGACCAGAGCAGGAUGUACUUCCGGGCUGGCAGCCCGCACCAGACCCCGGGGACACCCGACUUCCUCUCCUCCUCGUUCCCGUUUUCCCCCGUAGGCAAUCUCUGCAGACGAAGCAUUUUAGGAACACCAUUAAGCAAAUUUUUAAGUGGGGCCAAAAUAUGGUUAUCUACCGAGACCUUAGCAAACGAAGACUAAAAUCACUGUGUUCUGGACAUUUGAGAGAAGCUAUGAACUUUUUCCCUCUGGGUUAAAUUGCUGACCUAGGCAUUUGAAACUUAAUUUUAUGCAUAACAGUUGAAAUUUGCACUAAUAUUUUAAAACAUGCUGAGUUAUGCUUCCUGUACAUUUUUUUUUUAAGAUAGGUAUAAAUGUUUUUUAUGUCCUCUCAUUUUCAGGUCUGGCUCACUUUUAGGUGAUUUGCAGGCAGACUUUUACUGUGAGCAAGCUAGUCAGAUUAUGCCUGCAACAUUUAUUUUGUCUGCAUCCAUAUUUCCUGCCACCUACUAAAUGUUGUUACCUGAUCUUUGACCAGAUGGGCAAUGCAAGCUGCAGUUGGAAGAGUUAAGAAAUGAGUGUAGUGUAUUUGUGAGAAGCAUCUGGUAGUCUCCCAGCAGGCAUCAGUAGGUGCUCAUGUAUUUUUCUGGUCACUUUCUACUCCUUCUGAAUGAACUCACCAGGGUUCAGUGUCCAAGGCCCUAAUUUAUUUUAGAUCACUGUAUUUGGGACUGUAGAUCACUGUGUUUUAAAAUCAUGUGUUUGCUUUUUAACUUUUAGGACUAUCGUUAAAAUGAUUCGCACUGUUAACUGUUAAAGCAUUUGUUGUAGAUAAUGUAAUUAAACUUAGAAGUGCCUUUGACAUUGACAUUAAGGUAUGAAUACCACAGGAAAAUAUAUUUGUUUUUAGAGUUAACUUGUUCAAGUCCCACUGCAUACUGGAAAGAGACUUUUAACACUAAUCCUUUACCAGUAGCCAGGAGUCCCCGGAGUCACAUUUCCCACCCCACAAAGUUAACACAGGGCAUGGGGGUAGAUGUUGCUUCUGUCCAGGAGCAUUUGGAGUUAAGCUCUGUCUACACCAAACCCACCCCCAAAAUAGAGGGCUUUCCAUCAGUAGCGCCAGUGUGCUGAAGUGUUGUGUGCUCUGCCCCUUGGUAAUAACUGAUGGGGUCAUGAGUCAGGUGACCUGCACAGAGGCCCCUCUGCCCUCAGACAAAGAUCUUAAUUCUUAAAGAAAAGGUUCUCCCCUCAAAAUACUGCUGUUUCAGUAAAUGAAAAAGGGUCCCAUCCACCCCCAACUUUUGACAGCAGUUUUGAGAGACUGAGAAGGAGGCAAAGGUGUAUUCUUGUUCUGAAACGCCCUCACUUUCAAACAGCGUGACAAGAGCCUCACCAGAACUGUGUGGUCAGCGUUUACACUUACUGUGGUGGUGACAUUUCACACUGGUUCCCCACGCCCCUCAGUCCCAUACACACCUCGUUUCCUGCUCAAAAGAUGGAUGUUUUCAAAUUUGACUAUUAGAAGUUCUUAAAUUGUGUCUUAAGCUUAAAAAAAUAUUUUAUAUUAAAAUGUCUAGUUUAUUUCCUUUUCAGAAACAAGUUUUUGAAAAAUUAACCUUUUUUGUAAUGAAUAGCCAUUUCUAUUUGAAUUUAUUUGCCUUUCAAAAAUCAGUGUCUAUAUUUCAAGGGACAGUAUCUUAGCAAAUUCAUCUUCUGCAUAAACCCAAAGUUCUUGCCAACCUGUUGCCUAGAAAAUAAGGGCUUUUUCAGUUUAUAUAAACCGCAUUUUUGCCAUUAAACAUUUUUAUAAUCUUUGAUUGACGCCAUUGCUAGAAUCCUUAAUACACCACAGCAUGUCCUGCCAUCAAAAGUGUAGUAAUUCUCCCCCUUUUCACUAAGCUUCUUUAUUUUUACAGAGUAACUUAAAUUUGAUAUUGGGGGAGGAGGGUGAUCAUUUAAUUCUCUCAACAGUUAUGUCAACAUUUUUAGUGAUUUCUUUUGUUAAUUUACAAAUUAACAACUAGGUACUAUUAAUACUGUUUUACAAUAGAAAAUGCAUAUUUUUAUAUGAUAAUCAAAUGUAGUAAAAUACGUAGUUUUUCAUUUUAUUUUUGCUGGACAGUUGUUACAGCAUGAUUAUUGUGCCACAACUGAUUGUGCAUAAUAUGAAAAACAACUACAACAGCCUUAAGUCCUGGCUAUCGCAGAGCUGCUUGGCACCUCUGUCAGCAAGAAGGAUGUUGUGAUGACGUCCCAAGUGUGGGUGCAGACAUGGAACCAAAGAGCUUUACCUUCGGCACCCACAAACCUGAUGCAAAAUCCUCGCUCAUCGAUGUCACCCAGCUGCCAGCUGGUUGCGGACUUCCUAGUACCAGACUCAGUGGACAAUGUUCUGCCAUUAGUCUGAUGGAAACCAAUUUUAAAACCAAAAAUGUCUAAUUUUUUUUAAAGAAAAGUAAUUAAUUUGUGCAAACGGCAAAAAUUUCAGUGUAUAACGUUCAACAAAAUCUGCUUGUUCUAGCAGUAAAUUCAAGUAGUUAAAAACUUGACUUGGGGGAAAAAACUAAAACCUUGUGCCUAAAAUUGAUUGUGACUCACUUAAAGUAGGAUGAGCAGGAAGGUGAAAGAUCUUAUUCAAAUCAACAUUAAUGAAUGUGAAGGAAAUUUUGGUUGCUGAAUAAAAUUUCC